AUGGGACGGAAACGCGACGACGGGAAGCCACGACUCGUCAAAAUCGUCAUGCCUUGUUCCGCCAGUCAGAAGGAUACUCUCCGCAGAGCCCACCGCCUCCGCUCGUUCGACACCGGAAAUCUGCCGCCAGUGUUGUUCCGCCCUUCGUUGUCGAAAGAGGAACGCGAGAAAUUCCGUGAGGACCGCAAACUACGCCAUAAAGUCAAUGCCGGAAUUGCACAUGAAAAUUGGAACAACAACAUGCACGUCGACGAGCACACUUUGGAACAGCAAAAAAAGUAAAUGAUCAUUGCCCCUCUCGCAUAUUUUCCCCUAAUUUAUUUGUAAAUAUUCUAUCAGGCAACAUAAGGUCAGCCAUAGCGAAUGGGUUAGAAUUAGGCGCAAUUCUGAACAGCCAAACUUACGAUAUAGUGUGCCUACAAGAAUCAUGGCUGAAAAGCGAAACGCAAAACUCCGUAGUUUUAAAUGGUAACAGCAAAUACAAAUUGUAUCGAUGUGAUCGUAGCUCAGAAGUGAGAGGAGGAGGUGUGGUGACGCUCAUCAAAACCGAUCUUUUCAGUGAAGAAGUAGCAUCCGAUUCCAAAAAAGGCGCCUACGAAUUCCUAGUGAUCGACCUGGAUGUAAAUGUUUCACCACUGCGAAUAAUUAAUCUAUACCGGCCACCCUCUUGCUCUUAUCAAAAUACACUGAUCCUCCCCGGAAUCCAAAGUCAGCAACCCGAUUAGGUCGCCUGUUCACCGAUUUUUGUGACACAAAUAGCCUCCAUCAGUCAGUCCAACAACCUACCCGUAAAAAUAAGCUUCUCGAUAUUGUUCUCUCUAAUUUCCAAUUGCAAAAAGUCAGGAACACAUGCCCAAUAGGGAGUUCAGACCACGAGAAAAUAGAGAUGUCCUUCGAUAUUCUGAGAAAAUCCGCCGAACAAUCCAUCGCAAUGCAUGACUACAAAAAUAUCGAUUGGGUGAAUUGCGUAAAAUAUCUAGACAAUAUCAAUUGGUCCGUAAUUAUGUCACCAGAGAAAUCCGUAGAUAACAUAUUUUCCGAAUUCAUAGACCACAUGCAGACAGUUUUCAACGCCUCGGUGCCAAAUAAAACGAUAAACCGAAGCAUAGGGUGCCUUCCGAGUUACCUAGAAUCAUUUCGAAAGUCAGUUGAAUGGCAAAUUUAUGAUAAAGCCGAUAAAAAAAGAAGAGAAGAAGACUAUUUUAAUUACGUGCUAUUAUAGGGGCACCGCACAGAAAUGGCGCUCUGUUGAGAAACUCUUUUUGCAGUGCAAAUUGAGCGACCUCGGGGCCGAGUUUGAAAAGUUAAGCCACGUUUUCAGUGGAAAAUUACUUCGCGGUCUAGAAAUUCGGCCAGAUUGCUAACAGCGCGGCCUUUCUGUCCGGUGCCCCUAUAAUAGUUGCCAAGAAAUUCCGCAACAAACUGCAAAAGUUUAGACGCAAUACAGAACUACUAAUAUUAAAAAACAAUGGACACAGUAGGUUCUCAUCCAUAGCCAAAAACCUACUGAAACCCAGAAAUCAUGUGAUCCCAGGAUUAAGUACUACUUCCGGUAACACAGCUGUAUCAGAUCUUACAAAAGCCGAGCUUAGUAGCAGACCAUUUCGAAAUGCAGCACAUUAACAAAUCUUCGAACUCCUUUUCUCUGCCAGACAACUACAAAUCUUCUCAACCCAUCCCAUGGGUAAGAGACGACGAGUUGCUGGAAAUUAUUCUGAAAGGCAAAAACUCGUGUUCUAUAUCCUCGGACACAAUUCCAUUCAAGUUCAUAAAACUGAUCGCUCAUUUCGUUGCAAGCCCACUGGCCCAAAUACUCAAUCUGUCGAUGAUGAGAGGAGAUGUGCCUAGUAGUUUCAGAGACUCUAUCCUCGUCCCCUUAGGCAAAAUGCCCAACCCAAAACUGCCAAGUCAUUUUAGAUCAAUCAGUUAAACGUUGCAACUGUGCCGAAUCUACGAGAGAUGUCUCCUAUUCAAACUACUCCCUCAUCUAGAUGAGGUGGAAAUUUGGAACAAAGAACAGCAUGGCUUUAGGCCCAAAAAAUCGUCGAUGACUUGUAUGCUCGAAGCAACAAAUGAGUGGACCCAGGCGAUAGACAAAGGGCUACACGUAGAUUUAGUCUAACUAGACUACGCAAAAGCUUUUGACCGCAUUCCGCACGGCAUAUGCCGCAUACUAUUACAAAAACUGAUAGACCUAAACCUAAAUGCCCAUCUAAUAACAUGGAUCAGCCAAUUUCUAGAGUCUCGUCUCGCCCUUUUUCGGUUCUGUCUCUGACGAGACUGGACGAUACCGAGACAGAACCGAGAAAGGGCGAGACGAGACUGGACGAUACCGAGACAGAACCGAGAAAGGGCGAGACGAGACUGGACGAUACCGAGACAGAACCGAGAAAGGGCGAGACGAGACUGGACGAUACCGAGACAGAACCGAGAAAGGGCGAGACCGAGAUGAUAAUGGAACGAGACGAGACCGAGACGAGAAAAAACCGAGACGACACAAGGGCGAGACACCGAGAUUUUUCAAAAAUUUCUCGCCGAGACGACACAUUACUAUACACGUUAAUAGGCAAGUCAGAUGACAGCAAAUUCUUACAAUCGGGUAUUGAUUCGAUCCUCCACUGGUCCACUCAAGGCAAAUUAGCUCUGAAUGAGGACAAAACGGUAUGCCUGACAAUCGGUAACACACCACGCAUUCUAGAAUACAACAUCACUGGUAACCCCAUCAGAAGGGGGAAAAUAACACGAGAUCUUGGCUUCUUAGUCUCUGCUAAGCUUGACUUCAGCAAACACUGGCAAACUAGCAUAAACAAAGCAAAAUACAUGAUGUCUCAAAUUUUCAACUAGUACAACACUAAGAAUAGCAGGCUUAUGACGCUUUUGUACAAGACAUUUCGUCCGCCCGAUAGUUGAAUACGGGACACCAGUCACAAGUCCAAUGACACAACGCGAUAUCAAAGCUAUAGAAUCAGUUCAAAACGCAUUCACUAGGCGUCUCUAUAGUAGACAAAAAGGCCGAUAUUUGAGGCCAGAUGAUAAAUAGUAUAAAUGCAUAUUGUCAAAGAACAGCUUUGUUUCAGUGAGAUCUCAUCAGUGAGCAAGAAGCACAGGAGACAAGGACUCGCAUCAAAAUUUAUGAAUUGGACAGAAAGCAAAGAACUGCUAAAAGUAGGAGAAUUACUUUUUCGGUAGGCACAGGAUAACUGGAAUUUCAGAGUCUCGAAGCUACUGGCAUUGUGACGGAAGCUUCUUCUCUGGCAAACCAAGUACUGCUAUCGAAACAAGGAAAUCUGAUUAUCUGUUCUUCUCUGUACAUAAAAUGUUUUUCGUACUACACAAUAAUACUAUUUUCCCAAUUGGCUCAUUAG